AACCUCCGCUCCGCUCCCCCCAUGCGCGGGGCGCGGCGCGCCGGCCCGCGGAGCGGCUGCUGCGGAGGCGGCCGAGGGCUCCUUGUGGUGGGGAAGGGACUUUCCAGAGGUUCCACAAAUCAGUGUCUUUCUGGAAAAAGUAGAGAGUCUCUUCCAGCAGUUUUUGAGAGAAAUGUACAGGAAGCCAUUGACAAUUAUACUUGUGAAGUUGGUACAUCGGUUUCAUCCAGUGGUCAUACAACACCCACGGAGUUGAAUAAUUCUGGGUCUGGAAUAAACAGCUAUACUACUGGUUUGUCUACUGAAAGAAGUUCAGUUUACUCCUGGAGGGAUGAUGAAUUUGAUAAAGCAAGCACCCAGAGAGUGCAUCAGUUAUUUUGGGAGAUUGAUGAAAUGCUGUUUGAAGGAAAAGUGACCUCCCAAACUCAGAACCUACAGGCAGAAUGUGCAGACUGGAUUAAACAGUUUCCUCAUCUAAGAGUUCUAGGAAAGCAGCUUCUAUUGCCAAAUGAUGAAGGUGUUCAGCAUGUUCAGAACAGAAGUGAUACCUGUGUGGAUACUAAGUCUUUACCUGGCGUCCGUGAAUGUACUAGUAAUAUAAAAGAGCUCUGCAUUUCAGGCUCUAAAUUGAUCCCAACAGUAUCUCCAGCACAUAAAUCCCUAGGUUCAAGCUCCACUGGGAUUUCUGCCUCUGAUUUAUCCAAGUAUUUAUUCCUGGAAGAAGAAAUCUAUGAUGUGGAUGGAAAAAUAGAAGAAUAUCUUGCCUUUGACAACAAGGAGCUUGAUGACGAGAGAUGGGAAAAAAAGCAAAUACGUCUCGCUGAGAAGAGGAGUAAGCGUGGCAUGCCCCCUGUUUCUCCCAGUGCCUGUAUGAAAGAUGCUGUGGCUUCUGAAAUAUUUGAUCAUAUCUGGAGCAUUGUAAUUGGAAUAUUGGAGGAAUUGAUUAAAAAAAAUUGGGAAACUAGUCUCACAGGGAUGGAAAAACUGAAAGCUCUUACAACAAAACUGUCCCAUUUGCCAGUCAUUCGUAUUACAGCAGAUGCUGGAAUCAUUCCUCUUUCCAGAGGCUCUGAAAUGCGAACUGUAUCUUUUGUUUCUUCACAGGUUCAUCGUUUCUCCAGCAAUUUAUGUACUGAUUUGAAUGGUGUGAUGACAGUUCAAGCAAAACCACUCCAGAAGAGGCAUGCUGCCAUAGCAGAAAAAGUACAGCAUGAGCAAGAAAACAAGCAGCAUAGUGUUGUCUCCAGUGCUCCAAAUUCAGUGCACACUAGAUUGGGUAGAAUUGCAGAUAAUGGUGUUCUCUCAUCGUCUCGGGUGCUGCUGGCAUCUUCUAGGAAGCUACCAAACCAUUGUAGGUUACCUUCUCUCACUUCUGACCAACUCUCCUCAAAAGCUCCUAAUAUAUACAAUGAUGAAAUCCUUAGGGGGACUAAAUUGGUUGGCAGCUCAGAUCGUUUAUCUUCUGCUCGCACACCCACAACCCAGAACAAGCUGCCACCAAUAAAUUCAGAGGCUGUUGAACGGUGUCUUUCACUACCUCGAUGGCAGCAGAGCACUUGUCGGGGACAAUAUGCUCACAGCAGAGUGUCAAGUGCGGUGCCUGGUGGUACAGAGCAACGACCACUCAGGGGAAGGACUGUUGUUACUGCUCAAUUUUCAAGGCCGAGCACAACUCACACAUUCAGGACAGACAUACCUCAGAAGAGAUCACUGACUCCAAAGGAUUUUGAUAACCACAGAGGGACAGGUCAAGGAUUAUUAAUAGGCUCACACCAUUAUUACAGAUCCCUUCAGAGAAAUCCUCCAACCUCAAGGAAGAGAUUUCCAAUUGCUUCUUAACCCAGCUGAUGAAGAAACAGACUCCCCUCUGCACUGACCGGGAGACUGAAGCACUGAAUUUGCCAGCUAGUAUCUUGUGUAGCAAAGAAUAUCUGCAGUAUGCUGGUUUCUUCUGAGCCUUGCAAUCCUCCUGAUGCCUACAUUGCCUUAUUUUGAAGUUACCUGACCAGAUUAAAAGAUAAAAUCAAAUGGUUGAGAUCCCAGAGUUUUGGGCAUCACUUCUGUUUACAGAGUCAAAAUGCUGCUGCUGCAGCUGUACUUUCUUCUCAGGCAUUCCUCCUUUUUCUGUCUUUUCUUAGGGAAUUGUUAUUCUGCCUGCAGAAGCAAAUAAGGUAUGUUUAGGCUGUGAAGUUCCCACUUUUUUCUGUUUCCUCAGCAUUAAAGAUGUUCUAGUUGAUCCAAAUGUCCAUCCUAUAUAAAAUCUAUGUUUUUAAGAGGGAGUUUGUGGUAUUUAACUUCUGUUUGAAUAUAUAUUGCUUUUUUCAGUCUGUCUAAUUAUUGCAGUUGUUCUCUUAAAUAUUAUCUGUCCUAUCUUUUUCUUUCUUUAAUUAUUGUGAGAUGGAAUUAAUUCACUGCUUCUGCUUAUGUUUUUUUCAUCAGUUAUUAUGGGAACUGCUGGAAUAUGCUUUAUACAGGAAGCAAUGUUUUCCAUGUCAGGACAAAUGGGUUUUCUAGCUUCUCAACAACUGAAUCCGUGUGCUGACCAGUCAGUAAGACAAUUCCUACUCCUUGAGUUUUUUAUAACAAACUCCAUGUUUAUGUACAAAUUAAUCAUAAUUUUUAGUAUCCAAGCCUUUGAAGUUUUAAAGUGGAAAUAUGUACUUAACUGAUGAAAGCAGUGUACAAUACCUUUUUGUGCAGACCCAAAUGAGAAGAUCAAAGAGGAGAUUGAAAUCGCGUUCUGCCCAGAGAUCACAUCCCAGAUCAGGUCCCUAGCGAGUGGCAUUUUGUGUGCAUUUGCAGUCAGGGGUUCCUCUUUGCACCAGAUAGCCAGCAGUUUAAGUAGAUGUAUUUGAAGAGCUUUUGAAGGGGAAAAGGAGGGAGAAGGAGAAAAGCUUGAAUUAUUUGCUCAAGUUGUGCAGUUUCCCAGUUCUCCUCACUUCUUUCUAUGAAUGUUCAAGGACUGAUAAUUCAAGGCAAAGCAUUUGUAACAUACAUUUUGUAUGUAUAUGGUUUAUCAAAUUUCUGCUUUGUGUAAAUGGUCAUCAAAUGCUUCAUUCUUUUGAGUAAAUGAAAGCAUUUUUUACUUACUUGCUUAGUAUUU